CGAGGUUCACAGUGGUCCCACUGGGGCAGCUCUCCAAUCGCGCAUAAGGGACGUGGGUGCAACAUAAUGCCACCGUCGAUGACGUGUGCUUGGAAGAGAUGCUACAGAAUGCUAUUUUCUCUUCAGAAGACUGGGUUCACCAAAGAACAAUCGUAAGUGCUCCUCGUAUACCUACAAUUUUUAGCCUGCGCGCCUUGGCAUCUACAGGUUUUCACUCCGUCCGGCUGGCUGCUUUCUGGUAAGAUGCUAUCAAUUUGUACAUCUUGCAGGCUGUGCUCUCACUUCGAUGACCCGAUUUUAUCCGCAGAUUUCCUACAGGAUUUCUUCGUUCUUCUAUGCACGAGCGAUGAGUUGGCUGAUCAAGUCACAGAGUUCCGUUCUGCGUCAGCCCAGAUUUUUGGGAAAGCCUCUCUUCUUGACACACUUCCGCAUGUUAUGCUGCUACGUUUUGAUGUAUGUUGCACGCCAAUUUUAUCAGUUACCUUGCAGGCUCCUUGCUCUGCUGUGCCUGAGGUUCAUCGAGUAUUUCAGAACGCAUCCAACGCAGUUCGGAGUUGCCUUCUGGACGCAUCACUUUCAUUGGAAUUCUGUGCAACAACGGACCCGUGUUUCAUUGGUUACAAGCUGGUGGAUAGGUGCAACAACUCAGCACUGUGCGAUUUGUCUGGAAGGCUGCUAACAGCUCUAAACCAACUCAAUCCAAAUUUCCACAUCCGGCCUGAACUUGCGGAUAAAGUUAGCUACCGUCUGGUGCUCGCACAGGAUUUCUCCCCUGACCAGCUCCCCGGACUGACCGAGUUGCACGACGCGUGUUUUAAAAAGCCUCUGAAUGACAUUCAUAUCGGUUGGUCGAUUCGUCUGUAUUCACGUGAUCCGCGCCUUCGCUCACCAGAUUCCGAGAUCUAUGAAAUGUUAACCUCGGUUGAUGGAGACUGUUGCUCACAAAUCUUGGAUCUUGGCAGCCCGUCGGAAUCAAUGGCCGUCGACUCGGGAUCAUAUCAGCUUCCAAGGCCUGGGGAUAGUCCGGAUGGCGCAGUAGGCCCUUACGUUUCCAUGUCUAGCUCCAUGACACCCAUAACUAGUCAGCUGGCGUCUGCAACCACCCGGUGUAAUGGAUUUUCUGUCGGUGGUACAUAUCAACAACAGCAGAGGCAUCUUAACCUUCAGCAGCAAAACUGUAGGUCACCCAGCCCUAACAAACGUCGAAAUCCAUCAAAAUCCGUUUUCCUGACCCAUCAGCCUGGUGAUCGAGUUCUCUUGUUGAGUUCCUGCUCCCUUCCAGGGCGUCAGGGUUGCCCUGUUGGACUAAAUUUGGACACAGGCUUGACAGGAAUAUUUGUUCUACAGGCUGGACGACGCGUUCCGCAGUACCACACUUGGGCUUUGCAUGGAUCUAUACCGAUCGACUCAGUUUUCCAGUUUUCCACCGAAAAGUUUACAAACGGUCCACGUAGCAAACAGCCGUCUGGCACAUGUACCGGUGAACUUGGCUAUGAUCACGAGCCAGUCUGGGUCUCGUGUGCCCGAUCCCGCCAACCUAGCGAGCACUCGACUGUCAGUACUCCGGCAAUCAAGUCAAGCAGCAAGGACUCCAACAGUCCACCCCCUGUGGUCGUGCCGAGCAGGCAUUGCUUCGCCGCAUCCGCCACGAACUCGUCGAAUUCGGUGAGCUCGUCCAAUAACUUGGCGUCUUCCCCUUCGUCAUUUUUGGAAUCCUCGAUAUCGGGUGACAAAGAUACACGAACUCCCACCUACUGGGUUCCUUCUCUUCUGUCGACUUCCAAUCCGUUCACCUUCUCUCCUGCACGCCCUCCGUCUUCACUCUCUGAUCGAUCCAGCGGCGACUGGGCAACCACAGGUCAGGCAGUACCCUGCAGUCCUUCCAUCAGUCCUACACAUGGAGGAGCUAAGACGCGUUUUGGUUACUUUCGUAGCCUGCGCACCAAACCGCGUCAGCUUUUUGUCAUGCGACAUGCAGAACGUGUUGAUGCGUGUUUCGGUCGUAGUUGGAUGACACGCUGUUUCGACAGAAAAGGUAUCUAUCAUCGCGUCAACCUGAACCUACCCCCGUGGUUGCCUCCUCGUGCGGACAUUAUGGACUAUGUUUGGGAUUCACCUGUGACCCAAAUAGGCCUGUUUGUUGCAGCCGAAACCGGACGCAGUCUUGCGGAAGCAGGCAUCCAAUUCACCGUGUGUUACAGUUCUCCCUCGCUCAGAUGUGUGCAGACCGCCUGCGAGCUUUUGCGAGCAAUGGGAAGGACUGACUUGCUGAUCCGUAUCGAACCACAUCUAUUCGAAUGGUUUGGUUGGUACAACUGCGUCCCACGAAUGAUGAGUCCACAGGACCUCCGGGCUUGUGGCUACCAAGUCGAUGUGAACUACGAGCCGCUGUCCUCAACGAAAGACUUCGAUCCCGGUGAAACAAUAUCCAACUAUUAUGACCGAUCGGGUGGGCUGACCAAGCGACUUUUGGCUGUGCACAAAUCAAAAGAUACUUGCAUGCUUAUUGUAGCCCAUGCAUCUUCCUUGGAUACGUGUACUCACGAGCUAGUUCGGCGCGGUUUUCGUACCACCAUUUCUCCCGAGGAAUUCCAUCAUCGCACUGCUAGCGUACCGUAUUGUGCUCUCAUCUUGGCUGAGGAGCACCGGCGUUGGACUCUAGUCGAUCCCCCAAUCCCGAACGUGUGUUCAUACACCCCCAAUUCAGAUUUUGACUGGAAACAGCUUAUAGGCACCACCCUUUGUGGAUUUGGUAUUCGGUGACCCCGGUUAUUUUCUUAUAUGUUGGUUCAUUAUCCGACCCGCGGCCUUGCCGCUUCAUCUUGUGCGCCUUACCAAAGCUUCUGUUGUUCCAUUUACCUUGUACUCCUUGACGCUCACAGCCACCACCGCAUUUUGUUCGUUCACGCUUCCUUCAUCCGUCACCCAUCAGCUGACGGUCUCUCACUUCCAUUUUCACCCAUAAUCUUUAUUCGUCGCUCUCCUUCUACCGUCUGAACCGUGCUGCCGCGUCUCGCCCCAACUAACACAACCCGUAGAGCAACCAACAACCCAUUUAUGAUACCGGUUUGAGAUGUCUCCUUUAACCUUCAUAAUUAUCUGUCUAUGUUUAUACCCAUCCAUUCACUUCUGGAGGUGGUUUUCGUUUAUACUCAUCGUCGCCCACCAACCAACACAUCAGAAGUUCAGAUUAUUUAACUUCGUCAACUGGACACUAGGAUAUGUUUUGUUAUGUCUUCCCGCUGUUUUCUCGCUCCUUGUUACGCGUACCGCUUUGGUGCGCAAUUCACCCGCCUGUCUGACUAACGUGGUUUUCGGCACUGCAUUGACUGCUUGUCCUCAGGUUUUUCGGGCCUAUCAUGUAUAUAUCUAGACCGUUUUCAUCACAAUCCUCAUGUGUACUUCCUCGUGCUGCUUGAUUCUUUCCCCCCUCGCAAUCCGUUCUUGUUUCUCCAAUUAUCCGGUCUUUUCGUAUGGAUUUUUCAGUGAUUGUCCGAGUGUGUUGGGCUAUUUUUAUUUUCGAAAAAAUUUUUG